GAGCUGGAACUAACAGUUUUGCAUGGAUAUUCAUAUCAGGCUGACGCUGUAGCGGCGGAGGUGAACGGUUUCAUCUCGCAGACCACGAAGGGGCGCUUAACCAACGUCAUCCCCCCUGGCACCUUGAACAGCGACACGAUGUGCGUCCUUGCGAACGCCAUGCACUUCAAGGCGAAGUGGGCUCGGACGUUCGAGUCGUGGAACACCACGCAGGCAAUGUUCCACCGCCUCGACGACACGACGGUGCGGGUGCCGUUCCUGUCGGACCCCGGGAUGCACUACGCCGCCAAGGCGCCAAGUUCGAGUUCCACGGCCUGGAGUUCAAGGUCCUCCAGCUCUUCUACAAGAUGGUCGGCCGCGACGGCCAGGUCGACUUCGGGUUCGGUGCGCCGUGCUUCUGCAUGCUCGUCUUCCUCCCGAUCAAGCGCGACGGCCUCCGCCACCUCCUGCGCAUGGCCGUCACCGAGCCGGACUUCGUCACGCGGUGCGUGCCCCGGAGCCGGCAGAUCGUCACCCCGUGCAAGGUGCCCAAGUUCAAGUUCUCCUCCCAGCUCGACGCCGGGGGCGCGCUGGCACAGCUCGGGCUGGGCGCGCCGUUCGACCCUGACGCCGCCGACCUGUCCAGGAUGGCCGUGAACACGCCGCCCGCGGGGCUCUACGUGUCGACCAUGAGGCAGAAGUGCGCCGUGGAGGUCGACGAGGAGGGCACGACGGCGGUGGAGGCGAUGUACUCGCCUAGCAGCCCGGGCUAUAGCCCCGGAUACCAACCUCCCAGGCCGCCGCCGAUGAGCUUCGUGGCGGAGCACCCGUUCAUGUUCGCCAUCGUGGAGUAUAAGAAGGCCCAGGUCUUGUUCCUCGGGCACGUGAUGGACCCAUCUAAAGAGGAUCAGUAACUUUGUCGAUGUGAUAAUGAUCGAAUGGCUCUCAUGAGCCCAUGAUUGCUCGUUCUUA